AUGUCAAACGCACAAUCACAGAAUAAUGGAGCACCAGCUGCUGCUGCUGCUUCUACACAACAAAAACCAUUCCAAACAAAGCUCGUACUUUUGGGAGAAGCAGCAGUUGGAAAAUCAUCCGUAGUCUUACGAUUCGUCAGCAACGAAUUCCAAGAAAACAAAGAACCCACAAUCGGAGCAGCUUUUUUAACACAAAAAUGUCGAUUAGAUUCUGCCGUUAUCAAAUUUGAAAUUUGGGAUACAGCAGGACAAGAACGCUUUCAUAGUUUAGCACCAAUGUAUUAUCGUAACGCACAGGCAAGUGCAGUCAUUUAUGAUAUCACAAAAGCAAGUUCAUUCGAAAAAGCAAAAUCAUGGGUAAAAGAAUUACAACGUCAAGCUAAUCCGAAUAUCGUGAUUGCUUUAGUGGGAAAUAAACUUGAUUUGGUUGCUGAAACAGGUUCAGGAAAAGCAGCAUCUACAAAAACUGACGAAGAUGAUGAAGAAGCAGAUGAUGAUGAUGACGAAAAUGGAACAGUGACAGCAGAAGGACAAUCAACAAACUCAGCCCGUGCCGUUCCAAAAGAUGAAGCAAAAGCAUAUGCAGAUGAAGCAGGACUUUUAUUCUUUGAAACAAGUGCAAAGACUGGAGAAGGAGUUGUUGAAUUAUUCACAGAAGUUGCUAAAAAGAUUCCAAUCGAUCAAAUCGUUGCUAAUCAACAACGCAAUGCAGCCGCCAACGGAAACGGACAAGGAGCAGGCGCAUCAAGAACUGGAGUCAAUGCAGGAAGGGUGGAUAUUGGGGCAAAUCAGAAUAACCCUACUCGCGAUGCAUGCAACUGUUAAUCAUUUUUUUGCUUUCUUUCUUGCUUACGUUCAUUCUGAUCAUACUUUACACUUAUAUCCCACGUCUUUUUGUACAUAUCUCUUUUCUCUCUGAACAUUUGGUUAAUUAUUCGAUGCUGUCAUGUGAUCUCAUGGAGAGCUGCUUUUUAUAAUAAUACAUGAUAUCUCGUCUGAUCUU